AAGUUCAGAGGACCCCGCGAAAGAACGGUCAAUUCAAAAUUUCAAAACAAACCCUAGAUUGUUGUUUUAACACGCAAUGUCUACUGGCCUAGCUGGCUGUUAUAGACGCAACCAACUUCUUCAUUUAAAAACAGCAGCACAAUGGACGCAGGUGAAAAGCACGACUCCAGCAGAAAAAACGAUAAAUCGGUGGAGACUCCUAAACCGCCUUCGAUCGAGGAUUUCCUCAUUUUGAAGCCCAUUAGCCGCGGAGCUUUUGGCAAGGUUUACCUUGCACGGAAGAAGGGCAAUUCACGAUUAUAUGCGAUUAAAAUGACAAAGAAAGCAGACAUGGUUGAUAAAAAUAUGACGGGCCAGAUGAAGGCAGAGAGAGAUGCACUUGCUUUGAGCAAAAGCCCCUUCGUAGUUCACCUGUUCUACUCCCUUCAGACAGCCACCAAAAUCUAUCUGGUAAUGGAAUACCUCAUUGGUGGAGAUGUCAAAUCUCUGCUUCACAUCUAUGGGUAUUUCGACCAGGAUAUGUGUGUAAAGUACAUUUCAGAGGUUGCACUAGCUUUAGACUACCUCCACCGACAUGGUAUAAUCCACAGGGACUUGAAGCCAGACAACAUGCUCAUAUCCAACGAAGGUCACAUCAAACUGACAGACUUCGGCCUUUCUAAAGUCAAGCUUGACAGAGAGCUGAGUCUUAUGGAUAUCCUUACCACUCCAUCCUUGGCUAAACCAAACAAAGAUUACUUCCGCACUCCGGGUCAAGUCCUCUCCUUAAUCAGUGCCAUUGGAUUUAAUUCACCUGCAGGAGAAGCCAAGCGUCACUGCAGUACAUCUGCUGUGUCCACUUCCAUGUCCUGUGGCAAAAUAAAACAGAAGAAUAGCUCUCUUGGUUCUCCCUUGAUGAAGAAAAAAGAUCAGCGGUCCUCUCUGGUUCCUCAGAGAACAGGACCCAACAAUAUUGUCUUUAGCCCUCAUAACCUGUCAAAAAAUCUGACCACCAAACUGCUGAAGAUCAGGAAGAGGUGUGACACGAUGAGUGUAUGCAGCACCACUGACACUGAAGGUGGCAUCAGUCCAUUGUGGGAAUGUGAAGACAUACAACAUACUGGUGCAGAUAAAGAAAAUGAACAUACUAACAAGCAGAAGGGGGAAUUGCAUUCUGAGUCCAAAGGACCCAGACAAGACGGUCCGCCCUCGAAACUGGCCUCUAUCGGCUUCUCUGCCAGGGCCACGAGCGUUCUGUCAGAUCCAGACCAUCUUGCAGAAUUGAGUCCUCACACCAACAACCUGGGGUCCACAGAUCUGGAUGAUUCUUGUCUAUCAGCCUCAUCGGCAAAGAGGAAAUUUGCUGACGUUGGGAGAAGCCCCGCACCACUGGAGAUCCAAGCCAAGAAAAGUAAUGCAAUCUAUAAGAGAUGCUACGAGAUUCCAGAAGAGACUACGUGGUUUCACACUGGCCUGACUGGAACAUUUUCAACCAUCCAAAUAGGUGACUUCGCGUACUCCACUGAGAGAAUUGGCUCAGCUGAAGUCCAGGUCCCAACGCGCUCCAGUCCCAUUGCUGUGGCCAAAAGUCUGUUUAGUGAACUGGAGGAUUUAACAGAGGAUGUGUUUGAAGACGAAGCCAAGGACCUGUCACGUUCAAGUUUCACAUCACCCCUUGCUGGGAACAGUGACAUUUGCAGGAGCUUGAGCCUCGACUCUGACGGGUCUCUGCAUGAAACAUCUCUCACUAUCGACAGCCGUGCAUCUCUCAAGCCAAGCAAAUGUUCCAUAAACAGGAUUUUAGCAUCACCCGAGGAACAAAAGGAAAAUAAAGAUGUGUCCAUCACUGAAUCACUCACACAAACUCCCUCUGCUGUUCACACUGGAACACCCAAACUCGGUCACUUUAGCCAGGGAGGAUCUCAGUGCUCCUUCCUUAACCGGCUCCCUGACCUGGCACAGUCCUCCUCCUUCCUCAAGCCGCGAAAUGUUGUAGCCUUCCGUAGCUACUGUAGCUCCAUUAACCGCUCCAACACAUCAGGGAUGUCCAGAUUUAGCGUUGGUUCUGUUGAGGCUAUGGACAUGUCCACAACCGCUUCUUAUCAUUCUGCGUCUGGAAAUGCAACGCCAGUGCAGAAAAGACCCAGUUCCAACAGCUCACUCUAUCAGACGCCUCAGCCCAUGUCAACCACUUGCACCCCUUUCAGGACCCCUAAGAGUGUGAGAAGGGGUGCACUGCCUGUUGAGGGCGCACCCAUUUUAGGAACUCCUGACUAUUUGGCUCCAGAGCUUCUCUUGGGAAAACCACAUGGAAGUUGUCAGUGUGACUGCAUGGUGGAUUGGUGGGCGCUAGGUGUGUGUCUUUUCGAGUUCCUCACAGGUGUGCCACCGUUCAAUGACGAGGCGCCUCACCUGGUCUUCCAGAAUAUUCUUAACAGAGAUAUUCCCUGGCCUGAGGAAGAAGAGGAACUGUCUGCAAACGCAAGGAGUGCGAUUGAAAUCCUCCUGACCAUGGACUUGACAAAACGAGCUGGUCUAAAGGAGCUCAAGUGUCACCCCCUGUUUGAGGGCCUGGACUGGGACAACCUGCAGAACCAGCCGAUGUCUUUCAUCCCUCAGCCAGAGGACGAAACCGACACCUCCUACUUUGAUGCAAGAAACAACGCUCAGCACAUCACCAUGUCCGGCUUCAGUCUGUAGACUUCCAAACAGCAACAGUUGAGUCUUAUUAAAGCAGCAUGCCUACUCCAAAAAUCUGAUCCAUUAAACAAACAAAUACAUGAUAAUGAUGCAGAUUGUGAUUGGUUCUCUCUUCGUUGUAAUACUU